GCGGGGCCAGCAGGUGAGGGGCGGUCCUGUGCCCUCCUCCCCCAGGUAAGCGGCGCCGGGGGAUCCGGCGGGACUCAGGCAGCGGUCCAGCCCUGGAUGCCUGGACGGGGAGAGAUGAGGACGCGGCAAAGGUACGUUUGCGUCGCGGCGUUGGGAAGCCCAAGCCGGUCCUCUCUUCUUCCUAUCUGUUGGGAGCGGAAACCUCCCCGCUCCCUUCCUCUCUCGAGUUUCUCAGUGACUCCUUUGUUUGCAAAGACUUCGGGCAAUACAAAUACCAGCGUCCUCUUGGGAGCUGAGUUCAAAUCCAGGGGGUUGCUGUUCUACCUGUUGAAAUGGGUUUCGGUGGGCUUCGAGCGUUGCUUCGUGGUGGGUCAACUUUUGGGAGACCUCUUCCUCUUCCUCCGCCUGCAUUUCCACUUCCUUCCUGCCUUCUCCGGGGCUGCUUUUCCCAAGGAGCCCCUUCUCCCCGUUCCCCGGGUCUUUCCCUUCCUGGGGUGUAGAUCCAGGUGUGUAGGUCCGCUAGCGCCGCGCCCUUUGACAUUUGCAUCUCUUAGUCCGAGAGCAGCAACUCCCUUAUCGCCUCUCAAGAUCGCGGCGACUGAAAGGGGCUGGGGUGAGGGGCGGGAGAGAGAGACGGAGACACGAAUGAAGCCCACCCCUCAGUUUGCUUCUGGAAUCAACUGGCAAAAUCAACGGGGGGGGGGGCAUCGCAGCAACCUGUUGAGUCUCUGCCCUGCCCAGCAACUCCACCCUAGGUAUUUAUUUCAUUAUCUGUGCUUGAUAGUUGGAGAGAUUGCCAUUCUAUAGAGAAAAAAUUCACCCCAUCUCUUCUGAAUAUUGAUGGUUCCCCUGACCACAGCACCUGAACCUUGGUGUGUGUGUGUUUAAGUCUUGUUUUAGUGAAGACACCCUAAAGCUGUUGGGUAGGCUUUGUAUGCUAGAUGAAUUUCAAACAUGUACUGGUUGCCUGUGCAUCAUGUUGUACCCAUUACCGAAAUGACCAAGCCUACUCAAUAAUGUCCUGAUUCAGUCAAGCAAAGAUGGCCCUUGAUGUCCCUUCCAACUCUGCAAUUCAGUGAUUCUAAGAUGGGGUUUACAGGUACCUUCUCUCAUCUGGGCAUUGGGCAGACCAGACCUCCUUAGCUUCAGCAAAAUCGUGACCUCAUGUGCCUUGAGCACAGAUAACCUUGGGGGAAACUUGGAUACGUAAUACCCAUUUCCCUCUCCAAAGUUCCUUCUGUGCCAAUCCUUACAUGCUGUCCUUGUUCAAGUGUCCUCUCUUAAAAUACUUCUGUGGAGAUUGCCACAUAUGUGAGCAAAUACUCAAGGAGGAGGGGUGGGGGGAAACCUUCCUAAAAACCCGGCAUUUCUUUUCCUUCAUUAUGCAACCCCCAGGACUGCCGUUGAUCUUCCAAUCAGAUUUUUAUUUGCAGUUUACAAAGGGUUUGCAGCAGCUGUGUGGAGCUUGCUGGGUAGAAGACGCUGUGGAUGACAUCAGCUGAACGAUUUGUGGUGGCUUUUGUCAUCACUGAGUGCAGGGCAUGGAGUGGAAUGGUUUGUCUGCCCCAACACACCAUGUACAGAGAGAGUGCCCUUUUCAGUGAAGUGCCCAAAGCUGUUCGACAUGUGACAUCCACAGGUAUCUUGAGCUCAUGCAGCUGGCCAGGAGCUGCUUGAAAAAUGCUACUGCUCUAAGCACAAGGUUCUUAUGAGCACAGAUGUGCACUAAGGAUUGUGGACUGUGGAGUUCAUGGAGUGUGCUGGACCAGCUUAGACAAAAGUUCCACUUGAUCUCUCAGGCAUGGUGAUAGCUACAGUCAGCUUCUGUUGGAUAUGAACUUGCUUGUCUGACUUCUCCCCAUGAUGAUCAAAAACCCUUCCAGUGUGGUGUAGUGGUUAAGAGCGAUAGAUUCAUAAUCUGGGGAACCGGGUUCGUGUCUCUGCUCCUCCACAUGCAGCUGCUGGGUGACCUUGGGCUAGUCACACUUCUUUGAAGUCUCUCAGCCCCACUCACCUCACAGAGUGUUUGUUGUGGGGGAGGAAGGGAAAGGAGAAUGUUAGCCGCUUUGAGACUCCUUCGGGUAGUGAUAAAGCCGGAUCUCAAAUCCAAACUCUUCUAUCAACAUAAACAGACCUGCCAACAUUCUCUCUAGCUCUUUGGGAAAUGGGCUGAAACACAAGUUUCACUGGCUAAAAAAGCAUUCACUCUAAUCUUAGCUAUUUAUUGCUAGUAGCAUUGCCUGGUAGUAUACUAUAAUCAACUGAAAAUGGUGAAUAUAACUGCAACGGUUAUGAAUGUAGAUGGUUAUGAACAGAAAUGAUCCUGCCAAAUUGAGCCUUGUUUCCAUUUUAGUGCAUUGUCAACUGGCAGCAGCAAUCCAGGGUGUUAUAGCAGAAAGGUGAUUUUGUCCUCAACAUUCACCCAAAUUUCUAGCCAAACUACAGACAGAGGCAGGCGCCACAUGUGAGCUUCAUGGCUGAGCGGGGAUUCAAACAAGGUCCUAGUCUGACACUGUAGCCAUGACACCACACUGGCCGCAUUAGUGGCCAUAGUCUAAGUAUUAAACUACAUGUGAUGGCAGCAGAUCAUGUACAGGCCCCUUUUACUCUGAUUCCCCACCUCAGUUUGGGGCAAUUUAACCACAGCUGUAGAAGCGGCCCUGCAAACAUGCCCCCUUUCUUCCUCUCCCCAUAUAAACUCUGUGAUUGGGGCAAAUCCAUGUUUUAAACACAUGAAUCUAUUGCUGCCAUGUGUACUUUGAGCCUUAACUGCUCUUUUGAUCCAUAAAUACUCCUUAGCGCAGGAAUGCAAGCAUUCACAGGCAUUUUACAAUAUACAGUAUAUAUAAUGUUAUAGUCCUUUAACAACCUCGCUAAGCCAGGUUAAUGCAAGCAAUUUUAUCAUGAAUGAGAACAGGCUUACAAUCUGGGUGUGCAUCUGUUACUUUUCUUGUAUUGGUUUAAGAGAGGAAACAAGCUGACUGUUAGAUUUGUCUCCCACAAAUUGCUGUACCUGUUCUGUUCUGUGAGUAAUGAACACAUCAUUGUUUAUGUUUUAAAAGAAGCCUGAAAUGAUAAAAAUAUUUACAACCCGAUUAAGAAAUUAGUAUUUUGGGAUAUGCUCAAGGAAAAACCUGGUACCUUUUGAGCUUCUGCUGAAAAAAUGUUUUGUGCAGUCUUCUGAAAUGUAAUCGGCCAUCUGCCAGAUGAGACCCAGACCUGGAAACUGCUAGAUAACAGCAAGGCAGGCUGAUUGAGCUGAGUGUUUCAACAUUUGAGCUUAUGAAUCCAGCUGUUUAAAUCAUUGCAGGAUUUGUUUAGCUAUGAACAUGAAAUUAUGAUGUCAGUUUGCUAAUCCAGAGUGAGUGCUCUUUCCUGAUGCAUAACCUAAAUAUAUCUGCAUGAAUUCGUUUUCUGGAGAAGUAGGCAUGCUUAGGAGAGCUUGAUAUUUAAGGGAAGAUCGGUUAGCAGUACCGCCUCAAGCUGGAGAAUAUUAUUUGAAGAUUAGUGUCAGCUGCUACCAAGGGCAAAACUAAACUGACUGUAGCAGCAUUGUAGUCUUUGCUACAUGGGUGGAAAUCUACAGCAAAUGAAUGCUAGGCAGCUAUUCCAGACUGAAACCAAUUUGACCUGAAAUCCAACUGAAAACUGCUGUUGUCAUAUCUGCUCAGAGUUGCCUCCCCGUUCUGUCCUUUGCCUGGAUCCCUUAAUGUUCAACGGAUUCUAUACCGCCUUUUAUGGUUUGUUUACUUCCACGCAUGUCAAAAGUGCCUUGCAGUGCAAUUAGAGAUGUCAAAACAGUUCAGAGAAUGGCGUUCAUUAUCGUGGUCUCCUGUGGAUGGCUGCCUCUGCAACGAAGCCAAAAGAGGAGGAAGAAAGAAAAGGAGCUGUUGUACAGUACAAGCGCAGCCCAUUAAUUCCUCCGUGAUGGUGCUAGCCAACUGAAAUGUGGCCAUUUUUCUUAAUAGGAAAUUUUGAAUUGGAUGCAGGACACAAAGCUACCUCUUCUAGCUGCUCUUUAUACGUGGGAUGCUUCACUAGAACCUAGUUGUGAUGGAAAAGUUCACUGCAACUAGGGAGUUCUGCAUGCGUUCCUUCGCACGUAUCCACAUUUUCACCUACAGUUGUUAGUCAGCUCAAGUGUUUGGCAAAGCCUUGGGCUGCUUUUCCCCUAUCAACUCACAACAGGUUCUUGGGGCUGGAUAGGCCAGUCCUAAACCUGUAUACACAGCAGGAAGUUGUAAUGAGUUCAGUGGGACGAAGUUUCUAGUAAGCAUAUGGUUAGGAUUGCAACUUGACUCUAUUGGGUAAGGACAAGGAGAAAAACAGGCUAGCUUGGGCUUGUUUAUGGAUUAGGGUGAAACUUUACACUUUCUACUAAUCUUGCCUUUCUAAGAUAAAUUAGAGCCAAACUAGACACACCACAUAGCUCGCCCUUUUACAGUUGGUUUUACAAAAUAAAUAGCAAGUGUGUUUCCUCUCAUUGUGAAUGGCAGGUGUAGUUUGUGUGUGUGUGUGUGUGUGUGAGUGAGUGAGAGAGAGAGAGAGAGAGAAUCUAUUGGAUCCCAUGAAUCUUUGAUGUGGAUGGUUAUCCCAUUUCUGCAAGGAGGAGCUGCCAACAUGUGACAAAACCUCAACAGGAAAUGGUCUAACCCUGACAGCAGACUUAUUUCGGCUCGCACUAUAUGCAGAUCCUUUCUCCCACACCUUGAGGCAAAGACAAAAUAGAGGAUUGUAUUCUCCUCUACGCAUUGGGCCAGUAACAAAUGAGAGGGCCCUAUGGUUGUCAUGGAUGCCAUGAAGUCUCAAGUCUGCCCAUCUAAGGCAGCCUUGGAGUGAAUGUUGAAGACCCACAAGACAAAUGCCUUACAGUUCUCCAAUAUCACAACUGUUACUUGCUAGUACUCUACCAGUUAUGUUUAGUCAAUGCUUGUUGAUGUAUAUUUUGAUACAUCAGUGUCGGUGGCUGGUAGGCAGGAGGAAAGGCUUUGCAGAGAAUCUUGUAUAGUAAAGGAUAAACGCAUCUCUCUCUCUGUCUCUCCUUUGAAAAUUACAAAUAGAAAGCUUUGGGCUUCUGGUGUUGUUUACUUAUUCUCUGGGCCAUUUCAAAAUAAUUUUUUUACCAGGGUGUCCACUGUCCACCUACAAUGAAGCCAUGUUAGAUUGAUAGUCAACAGAUGUAGGUUCACUCACACUCUGAGGCUGGCAAUACAAGGAGUGGAAGCAAGCAGCAGAGAAUAAUUCAGGGUCUUUUUGAGCUUUUACUGCAGGAAGCAACUGAGCAAGGGGAAGGUUUCUGGGCACUGCACCAGUGGCAGCCUUAGAACGCACCUGUGCCGACAGCACCAGUUUCCCCGAGGCACAGAAGUCAGUCAGGAAUAGCUGCAUAGAGAAGAGCUCUCACUUUCAAGUCUCUUCCUACUCCCACCCCACUAAGAACAACUGUGGAGGAUUUGGAUGAGGGGAAGUACAGGAUGUUUCCAAUGUCCCCACCAGUUCUCAUAAAAUCAUAACGCUUCUUGGUGUGCAGUAGCACCUGGGGCACCUAGCUAAUGCCACAGAAACUGUGCCCACAAACAAAGUCACACAGCAAGAAGGUCCAGCGCAGAGGGCCUUCUGGCAGAUCCCUCCCUGCGAGAAGUGAGGUUACAGGGAAUCAGGCAGAGGGCCUUCUUGGUAGUGGUGUCUGCCCUGUGGAACACCCUCCUAUCAGUUGUCAAGGAAAGAAACAACUAUCUGACUUUUAGAAGACAUCUGAAGGCAGCCCUGUUUAGGGAAGCUGUACACUGUAUUGUGUUUUUAAUAUUCGGUUGGGAGUCACCCAGGGUGGCUGGGGAAACCCAGCCAGAUGGGCGGGGUGGAAUUGAUAAAUUACCAUUAUUAUUAAUAAUAAUAACAUUACUACUAUUAUUAUUAGUGAAUCCCACCCUUCCAAUUAACAUUUAAAGGUUCUCCCUAGACCUGAAAUUUUAGCAGGUUUCUUAUCUAGGGUACCUUUCUCACGUCUGCUGUUUUCAGACUAGUUUUCCUCAUAACAAAAAAGGAGAACCGAUUACUCCUUUUUUUAACUAACCUCAAAACUGUAAACGCCAUCCUCGCAGGAAAACCAUGGCAGUUAUUCACCACCUUGGAAGGGUCUAUGAUGCCUGAAAACUCCAUCAAAUUCUGCCAAAAAAAAGUACAGAUGUGAUGCUGAUAAUACCAAGGUUACAAGUUUGACUCCCCAAUAUGGGACAGCUCCCUCCCUCCCUCCCUCUGUGCAUCUGAAGAAGGCCAGCUGAGAAAGGAACAUGGGAAACAACCCUCAACCUGGGCAAACCUCAAGUUGUUUUACAAUCUCUCCCUGCGAUUGUGUGAAGGAGAUUCCCCAGGCAGCUGCAUUUCUAGACAUUUAUUAGCUAGCAUUCUGUAUCACAAAGGGAAUCAUCAGGCACACAAAGGUAGUGGAGAUGUCCUUGGUUGCAAUCUAUUUGGAGGAAAUUAUUCCAUUCUUCCAUUCUGCUUUGCAUGACUGUGCUCUCCAGGGUGGCCUCUUUUAAGAGUUACUGGCCACAAGAAAGCCCUGUAGUCCUUCCCUUUGGUAUUUUUAUUUGUCAGGAAUCUCUAAUCUAUGGGAGCUGUGCUCCUUUCCUUCCUGAAGAGAACACCAGUUGCUCCUAUUUUGCUGUAGCAGGGCCUGCAAAACAGGGAAGGCUAGUCUUGAUUUUUCCCCCCAUUUAAAAAUAUUUAUUUUAUUACUUAUUCCAUAAAAUGUAUACACCGCUUGACUGUUAAAAAGCAGCAACAACCUCAAAGUGGCUUACAAAAAUAUAAAACCAAAAAAGUUAGGAAUUUUCCCCCAGGACAUUAAAACAUAUAAGAAGUUAAAAUACUAAAAGCAGAUUAAAAUUCACAUCAGCAUUUCUAAGCAUCUGGGUAGGCCUGUCUAAACAGGAAUGUUUUUCGCUGUACUCCUGAUGCUCCAUCAUCAGGGUCUAAUGAUGGAGUUCUUGCUAUGUUCUGUUCACUUCCCUUGUUUCCCAGCCUGUGUGUGUGUAAGACUCUUAACUGAGACAUUCUUCUGGUAUACACUCAUAGAAUCACAGAAUUGGAAAAGACCAUGGGGGUCAUCUAGUCCAACCCCCUGCAAUACAGAAAUCUUUUGCCCAACAUGGGGGCUUGAACCUAUGACCUUGAGAUGAGUCUAGCUAAUGCCACAUUCACAAGAUCCAACCCUUGUACUCCGCACAAUUAAUUAAUCUGGAAAAAAGAACUAUCCCUGAUAUUGUAUAUUCUAUCAAAAAUUGAAUUAAAAUCUUGAUGAACUUUGAGGUCAACCAAAUUCCCAAAUAUUUAAUUUUUUAAACUACUUUUAUGCUCGUUUGUUGUUGCAUCUUAUCUACCAUUUCUUUAUCCAUAUUUUUAAUUAACAUUUUUGUCUUUUUUAUAUUUAAUUUAAAACCUGCUACUUGUCCAAAUUCUUCAAUUUCCUCUAAUCCUUUCUUAGCACUGACUAACGGUUCUUCUGUUGUUAGUACCAAGGCAUCGGCAAAGGCUUUAACUUUCUUCCGACUGCAAUUUUUUUAACUUCUUCUGUUUUCCUUAUCCUCAUCAGGAGGACUUCGAGUACCGAUAUGAAUAGUAGUGGUGACAAUGGACACCCUUCAGGGUCAUCAAGUUUUAGGAAUAGCUUGUCAUGGCUUUGUGUAUCACACCUGUAAUCUGUAUUCCAGCAGCAAAGGAAAACGGCUGUGGAAAAGCUGACAAAGAGCCAUCACUUUUUCUUAUUUUCCAAAAGCUGUCUGUUAUUGCUUAUUUUGAUCACCACAUAUUUUCUGAUUUCCAGAGAUGUCUCCCAACUCUUCAAGAGCCCAGCUGGAACAACUGCAUAUAAUUUGAAAUUUGCUAGCCAAUCGUUGCCAGAGACAAUCAGCUUGAUUUUCAUUUUGCAACUAUAUUCUAGAACCAUCAGGCUAGAACCUCCUUUGGCUUUACUGAAAUGAUAGUUCAAGAUGGUGGGUACCUGAAUGAGGAGGAAUUGCUCAGCUGCCAGCUCUGGGUAUGGGACAAAUGUUAACAUUACAGUUUUCAAGUGGUAACCUGCAUGUCAGUGCAAAAAUCUAUCAAGCGCCAGCUCCUCUCCGCUUGGUACAUGUUAAUGAAAAAGCUGUAGGGGGUAUUCCUGCCGCUGAACAACACAUUAUAUGCGUGCCAAGUUAAUCAAAGGGAAUUGCUUUUGUUCUGAUGAAGCUAUAAAUAAAUAACGAAUGCACAUCUGGCCAAAUUUAAAUUAGGAAUAGUUUUGGAUCAAAUAUAGUUGAGUGCAUUUGCCUGGGACUCCUUUGGGAUGUCAAGGAUUCGGUUAAGGCAGUUUUUAUCACGGAGAGCUGGUGAAACGUAAGAAAUCGCCUUAUACUGUCAGACUGUUGGUCCAUUCUCGAGUAAAGGCCAAAGCCCUGAGGUCCACUAAUUGGGUGCAAAGCAGUGUAUUGAGGAAGGAGGGGGGAAUGGCAUGACUUGCACUUGGAAUUAAGGAGCAGAAUGUUCCUGAGCAUAUGCUCAGGCACGAAAUGUGGCCUUAAGAGCAGAGGCGAGCGCACAAAUUCAUACAAAAAUCCACUCCUGCUCCUCCACCCCAAGUCUGAUGUCAGCAACCUAACUGGGGAGAGGGGGGAGGAAGCCAUUUUGUUCCUGCUGUUGUGAAACCAUCCGGCAACAGAAGCCCCUGACGCCCUCCUUGAAUUUGCUACCACAAGAUGUAGUGAUGGCCACCAACUUGGUUUAAAACAAAUUCAUGGAGGAUUAAUCAACCACGCAUUACAAGUUACGGUGGUUAAAUAUUGGCUCCCAUUACCACUGCCGAUAUGCCUCUGAAUAAUGGGGAACGAGAAUGGGAGAGGGGCCUAUUGCAUUCAUGGCAGGCUUUUUGUAUCUGGAUGGGUUACUAGGCUGCCCUAGAUGGGCCUUUGGUCUGAUCCAACAGAGUCCUUCUUACAUUCUUACUUGCCAAUCCUACUGCGAACCACCCAAUCCCAAUCUAUGUUCUACCCACCCCUGACCAGGGCUGCUACUGAACUUCUUUUCUAGCCUUCCUGCCUGAGACUUGUCAAUGGAGUGAACCUGGGACAUUCAGCAUCCAAGACAUGUGCCUCUGGCCCUGAACUCCAGCCCAUUUGCCUACUCUUUGUAAAGCUAAGCGUACUGAGUUAAAUCUAAGCUCCCUGAUUCAAAUUGCACUACAACCGCUAAUGAUGUGCCAAACCUUGGGGAAAGCAUGAUCCACAAUGCAGGGAUGCUGCAAACCUACCUUACAGGUAGGUUGGAAGAGUAACUGAGCAUAUUUAUGCGAAGUGUUUAGAUUGCUCCAAAAUGUAACAUAAACACUAAAUAUUAUCAUAAUCCAUUAGCUAAAUGAAUCGUACUGUUUGUAUAGCAGGUGGUAUUUUCCAUUGUGUUUUUAAAAGGGGAUAGUGGCACUAUUUCCCCCCCCUUUUUUUAUUCCAUUGGAGGAAAAGCAGCAGCAGCCCUGGAGUAGUUCUUGGAUUCUUGCGGCUUCAAACUGCCUCUGCUGAACUUGUACUGUACAUUCCUUCUCUCCCCCACUCCCGCGUCUUCCGCUGUCGAAAAUGUUUUGAAGUCUGUUUUGCUUCACGAGAACCGCGAGCAAAUCGGGGACCCAAGGGAAAAAACCAAAUAGCUACCGUUUCGAUCUUGCUGGAUUGUGAAACGAACCACAGCAGGUGGGAUGGGACUGUAUAUGCUUCGGGAAAUUGCAAUUCCCAACGGUUCAUGGGGAUUCUCAUUUAACUCAGCAUAUUCAAGAGCUGCUUUCGGAGGCAAAGCUUUGGAAUGAGCACCGUCCCAGCAGAGCCAAAUUAUCACCAGCCCUUUAGCCUGAGUCUCGACAGCUGAGGACCAGGGGAAACUGUCUGGUGAAAUGAAAGACUUUGGGGUUGGCAGCAACACUUGCUAGCCUCCAGAUGUCUGCCUGUCGCUCGCCAGUAUUUGUGACAGUCAAGCCAUCUGCACCGAUAACUGCGAGAACUACAGAAAGACAACAGGAAUGUAAAAUGUUGACAGAUCUCGCACGAGACCUGUGCCAUUUAAUUGUUGCAUGGGAUGGAGUUUUGUAGCAGGCCUGGCUUUUCUGCCAUAGUUAAGGUAAGAGAAAUUACAUCUGUCAAAGUUCUCCUUUGUACACAACUGUUAACAGAUACAGGAGCCUUAUCAUAUGUAGAAUUGGCAACUUAAAGUGUGCCUCCCCACACAUCCGUAGUGAAUCUUCUAACUUGUUAGUAUUAAUUAGCUGGUUUAAACCAAUCAGCCUCACCAACCUAACUGUUUCUGUGUUAUAGUCUUGGCCCUAAAUUUCUUAAUAUGGUUCAGGAAAAGAGCUGGUCCAAAGUGCAGAUUUUUCUGUCCUUGCGCACUCAUUUUAAUAACUCUCUUGAUUCACCAUGUUGCAAUCUCUUGUGAUUCUUCUGUAGAGCAUGACUCCUUGUUUUCUGAUCAGAAUGACCAAGAAGCCGUUUGGGUCAGGUUUCCCCAAUUCUCUCAUAUGCUAGAUAUCCUUUGGGACUAGCAAACUGAGCAGGACACAUCGCCAAAGUGUUGUUUCAGUUAUGCCUACACCUGGGUCCACACCGCACCCACACACUUUUGUCACGCUUGCUUUGUUUUGUUACUUGCCGUUCCAGAACAGACCACUUCCUGUUUUUCCUACAUCUGCUGGAGUGGCAAGCUUGGGUUUUUAAUUAAAGAGUAAAUUUGAACAAUUGCACGCAUAUACCAAACCACCACCGCACAAGGAUUUGCAGAGUAUAUAUGCAUGCUUUUGGAGAAUAGGCACACCAGGCACACAUAAACUGUUUAAGCAUAAGGAACUUGCCCUUUUGCAUUUCCACUGAAGUGUCGCACAAAUAUUGAUGCCUAAUGGGGCUGGCCCUACCAUUAGGCAGAGGAAAGCGGCAGCCUUGAGCAGCUGAUUUGGGUUGUGUCAGGAAAAGGCAGCAAAUUGUCAGCUAUUUAAUUUAUUAUGACUGCAUUUUUACUGCCAAGGAGGUUGAGAGACACUUGUGGGAUUCUCUGCCUCAGGUGCCAAAAUAACUUGGCCCCUCUUUGGUGAUGUGAACCUUGACCAGUGGGGAGGGGUUUCCAUUUGUUGCUUCACCUCAGGCAGCAAAAUGUCAUGGGCUGGCCCUGAUCACUAGCUGAGAUAUGGGCUAUCCUUCCUUGUGCCAACAUGACAGAUUGUAGAAAAAUCAGCCAUUCUGGAAACUCACACUGAUCUGUGUAGCAACCUGUGUAACAAGAGAAUAUUAAACUGAGGGGGAAGGGGGGGUGGAGGAGACCCAAUAUUUUAAGGAGGUUUAGAGAAGCAUGCUUAUGCUCAACUAUUUGGUCUGUCAAUCUUUCUCUCAGCCUGGUGGUAUUUGUUUCACCGAAUUCCUGUGUGUUGCCACCAGGUGAAGCAAGGUAGACUAAAAUGCUGUGGGUUGCUUUUUGGGUUGCUGUUAUGCCUUGAAGAGAGGCAGCAGAGCAGUUAGGUAGCUUUAGACUCUGGACUCUAUUGUCUUCCACUCACCCCCUCUGUAAAUAGCAUGGUAUGGUGUAUUGAUAAACCACCUUUUGGCCCCAAAGAAAUAUACAAUAAAGGUACAAUACGUAAAAGACAUAAAUGAAAACCAUAUAAAAUAGCGGUUGUUCUCACUGAGGUUUUUUAUGCAUUGUAUUUUUUUGUAUUACUUUGCUAUGGUAAUGUGUAUUACUUCAGAAUGUCCUAAGCGAGUCCUAUGCUCUGUGUGCUUUAUUGGGGGCGGGGGCUACUCAUUCUGCAGAGUGAGGCCCUGGAUUUCUGCCCCAGAGUCUCUUGCCCAAUAGGCACCACUGCAGGGGAGGGAUGCGCCUUUCUUCCUGUUGUGGUGGAGCAAACGUAUUAUGAUUCGUCACUAAUGGAGUAUAACACCGUGAGAUGUGCUGGGAAUCUCUGGCAGAGCCGUUUGACCACUCCUCUUCCUCUAUGCUGCGCUGUUCUUUCCCUCCAACCAGAUGGCACCUGAUGCCUCGAGGGACUGGCAAUGGGCUAAGGUAGCCUUUAGUCCAAGCGCCGUUUCUCUGAUCCAGACAGCCAGUUGUGAAAUAUCUGGCCGUUGUUUCCUCCCAGUUUUGCUUCAGUUGCCUACUUGAAAUUCGUUGGAAGGUUUGGGCUUGAUUCUCACCCUGCACCAUUUGGUUCUCCCAGAAAUGCGAAGGCAUGGAGGCAGUUUUGAAACUGAACUCUGGAAAGACAUUCCAUUUAAGUAGGUCCCAGGGUCAGAAAGCAAUAUAAAAGUGGGGUUGUAGUUAGUUUUUGGUGCCAGUCUGGGACACUUUGCUCCCUGAAGCAGAGGGGUCUUCUCCCUCAUCCCCACCCCACCAGGGCCAACACUUAAAAAUCUAUACCUUGGCUUUCUAGAGCAGAUUCAGUAGCCUUUCUUGCUCUGCACCUGUGUUUAGGUGUACCUGAGAAGAGCCCUGCGAAGUCAGACAAUCAAUCUAGUCCUGCAUCCCGUUUUGCAUGGUGGCCCACCAGAUACUACUAGGGAUCCCACAAGUAGGGCAUGAAGGCGACCUCUCUGGUUACCUAAUCCUAACAUGUGCAGUAGCUCUGAGAGAAUCUACCUCCAGAAUAUUCCUCCUUUUGGGACCAUCCUAUGAAUGAUCUACUGUUUCUGGAGAGGGGAGGGGCAACCAAUAAAAGACUGUCUGACACAUUCCCAAGACAACCUCAUUGCCGUGCAGUAGCAGAAGAGCAGUGUAAGCUUGUUUGGGGGCUCAUGAAUUCUAGACAAAGAUUUCCCUUUAAAAAGCAUACGUUCCAGUUCUUAUCUUAACUGAUCCUGGGACUUAAAGUCUCAGACCUGUUGUCAGAGUUGGCCCACAUGAGGCAAGGUGAGGCAAUCGCCUAGGGUGGCAGGACCCACAGGGACAGCAGAUCCUGAUGUAGAUCUUUAUUUCUUUCUCUGUGGUUUCUGAUGUAGAUUUCCACUCACCCCUUCUUCCCUGGCAGGGUAUGUGUGUAUGUGAUUAUGUAGUUUGCUUCAGGCUCCAAAUGCCUUAGGUCAGGCAUUGGUAGAUCCCUGAAUGUCCGUGGUAGAUCACUGGUAAAUCACUGGCUCCCCCAAAGCAGCUCAGAAAGUUUGCCCUGCACCCCUAAGAAACUGUGCUCAACAACUUUGACCUGAACCCCAAAAAAGGGGGUUCACUGCCAGUUUGAGUAGAUCGCAGUCUCUUGGGAGUUGGCCAUCCCUGUAAUGCCACCUCUCCAAAGUUUGCAAGUUAAGACGCCGCCUAGCACUCCUGUUCCGAACUGGCAAGCGCAGCCUAUUCAAUUUGGAACUUUUGAGCGACUGUCUCUCUUGGCAGCCCGCGGGGUCCCUUUGCACAUCACAACUGCUUUGGGGCUGUAAAAUGCAUCGGAGCAAAGGAAAACCAGGGAGCUACAAAGGGCAAGGCUGCUGCCGUCUGCUCAGAGAGGCUGUGAAGACAGGACAAAAGUGGCUGCCGCUGCCGCCCGUCUUUUCUCACACGGGGUCGAGCGCCGGCGAGCUUUCUGUUUGACUGAAUGAGCACACACGGCACUCGAGCACGAGGUUAGCCUGGAGGAGGUGCUCACAAUAAACACAGCUGUCCACAGAGCACACAGACAUGGGCUGUACCACUUCAGAUGCAGGGGAGAGCAGCCACAGGUAGUUCCCCCUCCCUUCCGGGUCCCUUGGUCUAGGGAACCACCUCCUGGGUGUCUCUGAGCACAAAACUGAUGUGCAAAUGCAUCUGGCAGGGAUGCAGGCGAGAGGCACUGAGGCACCCUGAGCAGCCUGAGAAAAUAGAGGGCUUGGUCCUAGCCAGAGGGGACCCACUGAGGGCGCUGGCUUAGCAGGUGCCCUCAUCUUCCCGGUCUGAGCCUGACUCUUAAGAGGCAGACAGAGCACUGGAGGGGCCAGGAGGAGGUGGCUCGGUCCCAUGGCUGCAAAACUCUUCAGGUAGGUGCCCCUUCCCCCCCCCCACAUGUUUUCUUUUGUUUGGCUGAGCAGUUGUUUUUGUAUUGUUCUUUGGAAAAGAGGUGGGAAAUCCAUUAGGGCUGCGCUGGAAAUUCACCUGUCAGAGCUAGCAGCAGCCAGAGCCUCAUCUUUAAUCCAACCGCUCACAUGGACACUGGGGGGUCGGGGAGGUUUGAAGUCAUGAAUUGCAGAGAUGCAAGUUUGCCACAGGCUCUUUAGUCUUCUGAAAGCCGCCGGCCUUUUAAAAUCAGAGUGGGUUCCCAUUCUCUUCAUACGUAAAAGUGGCUGAUGGAAUGAAGACACAGAAGGAGAUUGGCGAAUUAGAGCUUUCUGCUUCUGAUGCAAGCAGCCAGGAUAUCUGAAGCCUUUGGAAAAUUGCUGCUUCCUUGCUUUAAAAGUAUCUGUACUUUCCCUCUACUCCUAUAGUCUAAUGUUGGAACAUCCAGAAAAGAGAACCUAUGUCUCACUUUCUGAUCACAUUCUUUAUGUGGCUCGUCCUACUGCUUAUUUAAUGGAUAAUUGUCAUUUGUAGAGCUUCUGGAAUUUUAUGUGACUUCCUUCCCUUUGAAAUGCAAUUGUUAAAUGACUGAGGUAAAAUAGCCUGCCUCUUAUUUGCCAUGAAAUGCAUAAGAAUGAGAGAGAACAAUUCUUACCUACCUACCUACACACACACACACACACACACACACACACCUUACUUGCGUCUUCCUAUAAACAAUUUGGUAAACAGCUCCAAUUUUUAUAAGCAGUUUUAAAUGUUUAAACUGUAGCAUUGUUGUGAGUAAAUUCCUGUUUUGUAGUGUUAAUUUCUCUGCCUUUUACUUCAGAGGGAGACCAGAAUCUAUGAAAAUAAAAUACAAACUUCACGGGACCCUCAUUUACAGACAUGGAGAUGCUUAGUGUCACUUAAGUGUGCCCUCCCUCACUUUCAUGGAAUUCAAUGCAUCCCUUGCUUAAAACAUUGAUAAUUGAAUAUUCAUUAUUUAUAUUCUUGCAAGCCCAGAAAAUGCUGAAAACGUGUGAAGAAUAAAUAGAAUGUGAUGGUGGUGAGAGGAGUAAACCGAGAAAGAAAGCAAAAUGUUUUCAAAGGCAUCAAAUAUAUCUUGUUUUUUCUUUAUUCUUUGCAUUACACCAGUGAUCCUGCUCUGUUUGACAUGUGUGGUUGCAUGAGUCCUUAACCUUUGCUGGACCAUGUCCUAAUUUAUUCUUUAGUAAGCAAUUUCAAAGCACUCAUCUGGCAGGCAGGAUGCUACCCUAGCACGGGGGGGGGGGGUUGUUUUUGUUUUUCUUACAAAGUUUCUUCACAAAGUUUUCAUACCGUUCAGAUGUUAACAUUUUUGCUAUAUUCUACACCUGAGAAUACUUACUGUUACCUAGUUUUCAGCAUGAUGCUCUCGUAUUUUCAGGCACAAAUGCAAUAUUAAUUAUUUUAAAAGGAUGGCUGAGGGCAAUGUCCGAUGAGCUAAGAGCUUUAUGGAAUAUGGGAUCAUACGGGAGGCAGUCUUCUGUAUCUGUCAUAGUGUCUCCAGAAACUCCACCUGGAUUUACAGCUUAAAGAAUCAAUAGCUGCCCCGAGAGCAUUGAUGCUACCAUUCUCUAAAGAGCAACUGAUGCUGAACACACAUCCUCCUAUAUAUCAUUGUAUGGGAUCCACUUAACAGCCAUCAGAACUAAGUGCCUCAACACGAGACCCCUGAGGGUCAGUGGACCCACGCAGAAUUGGCAGGAAUAGUUACCGGUGAUGGCCAUUGUGGCAGAGCAAUUAUUAUGACAACCUGUAGGUUUGUGUUGUAACUGUAAACUUGGCCCAGGAAGUUACAUUAGCACAAAAGGCUGGUUUGCUGCUAUGGCACCAGUAACACAACUGCCAUUCCAUCACAAGGCCUCUUAUUUUUCUCACAAUAAAUUUUCUCAUUAAUUUGUUUGAAAGGGGAGAGUUGGCACAGGCCAGGAUUUAGGGAUGACUUCACUGUAGACUCCUGCAACAAUGGUUUUGGCUCAGCCCUAUGCACGUUUUGUAGAAUAGCAAUUUUAUAAUUAACGAUGAUUGGCAUGGGAACUUUUGCCUCGAGAUGGAAGUGCGCAUGAUGCUGAAACUGUCACUUGAAGGCGCAUGCUUGUGCAAAACCUUAAAACAGCUGGUGUGGGGGACGAGCCAGGAUUACAGCAUGGUGGGCUCUAUCCAUGACCACCAUCUCCAGUUCUAUGAUCCGAAUGAAGGUUCUUCCUCUCCCCCAGGCUGCUGUUAGUCCCAGAAAAGUGUUCCCAUGGGCGCCACUUCUGUUACACUGGGAGCAAGUCCUUCUGGCUGCUCUUGUAACUGCACACAGAGAAGGGGCCACGGCUCAGUGGUGGAACAUCUGCUUUCUGUGCUGAAGGUCUCCGGUUCAGUUCCCAUCAACUCCACAUAAGACUUGGGACUCAGCUAUACAGCUGCAAAUAAGUUGGUUUGAAUAUGUUGUAAAGUGCAAUAUACAAAUGUGACACAAGAUGGCGACCAUGAGCUAUGCCAAAUUCAAUGUAUUUUUCAAAACGUGUUGUUUUUUUAAAGCAUUUUCACAGCAUUUUUUAUAUGUGUGUAGGUUCCACCUUGGAAGUACACAAGUAAUCCGUCUCUUACAAGACAGGGAAACUAAAACUUUGCAUGUGAACCCCCCUGACCCCCUUUUCUGGUUCUUUCACUUUCCUGUAGCAAAGUCUUAUCUUUGGCUUGCAAUUACAUGCCUCUAGUCUCUUUCAUGAUCCAUUUCUGCAACAGGAAUUGAGUGGUCCAGGAAGAGGUGAUGGGCUUGGCAGUGGAGGCAUUACCAACCCUCUCCUUUUGGCAUGUUUCUGCAGUGGCAUUUCAAGCCGCGAUGCUGCUUUUAACUCAUUUAUAUUGUCACAUUAUCAUUUAAACCUCUGUUGAUUUACAAAUAAAUAUCACAACUAUGCAGCAGUGUGGUUAUUGCUGGCUCUCUGGAACAAGCACACCAAGAUUAGUCUAUGUUAAAAUUUUCCCCUAAAUUAAGCCAGGUUAUCAAACAAAUGCAAUUCUGUCUGCCCUCUCCGGUAAAGAUCCCAAGAGUAGCAUCACAAAUCCAUCCCCUCCCCCGAAUACCUGUUUACCCAUGUAAGACAUAUGAACAUGCAUAUGUAUGCAUUGGCACACUAGGGAGCACCAUGUUAUCCUGUUUAUCGCUCUGCCACAAAGUUGCCUGGCAUCCUUCCAGCAGCCUUCUCAGAGCUUAAGUGAGCUGGCAUCUACAGUAGCAAGAGCAUGAAUUACGAGCAGGAAAUCUCCUUAAGCUCUGAGCUCACUGGGUGGCCUUAGGCAUGCCCUCCUCUCAGUCUUCGCUUUCAAUCUGCGAAAUGGGGAUAAUAAUGCCAGCACUUACAGGGGCGCUAUAAGGAUUACUGAGAUACAUGAGAAGCACUUUGAACAUUUCAGGGGGGAAAGCACUAUAAUUAAACAUUAGUGCAUUAUUAAAUAAAAUUGGUGCAUGGGAUGUGAGUCACAUACGCUACCCUGGUGAGGAGAAGAAACUAGCUGGCAAGUAUUUAAAUGCUGUUUUCAUGGCUUCCCUGGAGUAGAUCCCUCUGGUAGAUUUACUCACUGUUUAGGAACACUCCUGAGAUGUAAAUUAUGUCUUGGGAGUCAAGUGGGUGAAUUGCUAUGCCAUUGAGACCGAAGGCUAGGUAGUAUUUAAUUAUAGUUUGUUCUCCAUCCCCACUGCUUAGAGAGGAGGAGGGAAGUCUUUCUUCUGGGAACAAACUCCACCCCCCUCCCUCCCAUACAAUCUGCUGCACUGAGAGCUUUGACUCUCCAGAAGGAAAUCUUAGCUCUGUAUCCAGUGUUGCCAUUUAAUCUUCCCUGGAGGUCUAGUUAGUGCUUCUGAAGCUUGGGUUCAGAUAAAAGCAACUUCUCCUUUACAGCUUGGGGGGGAAAGCUUAUUCUGCUCCUGGGUUGCUUGGUGAAAGUGGUGCUGCUGUCCUUAAACAGAGGGCAGCAUGGCACAAUACGUUGGCGCUGCUUCGAGCUUGUGAUUUUUGUUGAUUUCACUGUAGAUCCAGGGGCUGGAGAGAUGCUGCGUGGCUUAUAGGAUUUAUCUGGGAGAUCAAAACCACAGACAGAAGCAGGAAAAAGGAAGGCCCAUUUACAGGCACCCUGCUCCCCAAGUAAGUUAAUUGGUGGUUUGGCUAUUGCUUCCUAUUUUCUGGUCAUCUUCUCUGAAAAAGCCACUAAACUCCCAUUAUGAUUGCUUUUUUGGCAUUUCCCCUUCUAAAUAUGCAAAUACACCUUCAGGGCCUUUUCAGGUCUGGAUGAAAGAUCUGCUGGAGAUUAUGGGAAGAAUAAAUAGGGAGGAGACAGGAAGAGGAAAAGAAGGUUUUGAUUUUUCCUUCCAGGCACUAUGGCAUCAUCACUUUUCAUCCUGCCUUUCCUCCUCCUUUACAACAACCCUGUGGAGUAGCACUCAGGGAUGAUGAAUGGCCACAUGGCUAGCUCAGCAGUCAGGUGGGAUGUGAACCAGGACCUCCCUGUACUGGGACCUCCCUGCAUUACCAUCACCACUGCCUUUGAUUUCUCUGUGCCACCUUCCCAGCCUCCCUCCCUGCGUCCUCUGCCCAUGUGCAGAGCACGCUCCGCUGGCUUCUACCCACCCAGAGGCCUCUUUCUAGCCUUCAUUCUGGUUGAUAUUCUGCCUCCCCCCAGUCCCUCAAUAAGCCUCUGAUUCCCCGCUCUGCAAAAGCUCACAUGGAGGCACUUUGUUCCUCGCCCCGAUCUUAUCAAAUGUUACGAACUUUCUGGCUUUCACGCUGCUUCUACCCUGCCAUGUUAUACAAGGUUUUCUGAGAGCUCUGGACAUUAGUGGGUAAUGCAUUUGACUAAGAAGCGCUUCACCUCCAGGGAAAUACUAGGCUUUAAUGCAGGUCAGCAAUGAUUGAACGCUGUAAUCAUCAGAUGUCUGCUCUGUGGCCUAUGCAGAAUGAGGUUAAUGUGACUACUCAGUUCCUGGUGGAAUUGGCCUCACUGAGCUGGGAGCAUGAGAAGGGGAGAACGGGAUGCUUGCAGUGGUAGAAGGGGGAGGGAGCACCUUGAAUGUGCCAACAACAAACUGGAGCUUCUGGGGCCUUCGAUUCAGAAUGUAUAUCCAUGUUAUUUUAUAAACCCAAACGUUGCACCAGGGUUUUGUUUUGUUUUUUGUUUUAAAUCAAUGGAUUAAAUUAUAAACUGGGCUAGGGAACCUGUGCCCUCUAGGUCAGACUCCAAAGGUGGUGGUUGGACUCAAGCUCCCUUCAUCCCUGACCACUAGUCAUGCUGGCUGGGGCUGAUGGGAGCUGGAGUCUUGCUAAUGCAGGUUCCCCAUCCCUGUUUUAAACAGAGAAAACUGCUAAUGACAAAACGGACAAGGCUAUAGCGACACAGCAAAGCGAAGCCACCAUUUACCCUACACUUGGAUAAAUAGCACUGGGAGCAGAUUUGUGACCCUGGAGCUGGGCGGCCUCUAAGGAGUAGCAGCAGCAGCAGCUCUCCUUCCCUCCCUCAUGUAUGCUGCAAAUUGAAUUACUCUGCAAAUUACGUAGCUUGAGGGAAACCUCUUGCAGCCGGGCAAUUAACAAAAAGGCAGCUUUCCUUUCAGACCUGAUUUGGAGAGAAUGGAGCCCUUAAAAAGCCACCACUCACCCAUUGUCCUGAGCUUGCCUACCCAGUCUGCUUUUGACCCCUGACCCUGGGAUGUCAGACAAAAACAAGGGAAGGGGCAAGGUUUCAUUUGUGCUUUUUGCAGCUGGAGUCUUCGGCGGCUCUGUGAUGCUCACAAGCGAACGGCAAGAGCUGUUUGAUGGUGGAACAGACUCCCACAAGGGGUGGUCAGGCUCCCCUUCCUUGGAGGUUUGCAUUCACUGCCUUCCAACUCUACAGUUCUAUGAUUGUAAUGUGGCUGUCGGAUGAAAACAUCUAUGAUAAAGAAGGCUUUACAUAUAUAGCACUAGUUAGUGAGGCAGGAGGCAGGGUGGCCAACAGUAGGCUGAGCCAGGGCCAAAGACAGGCAGAGCAAACUAAUUCUAAUUUUGCCCCAUCUUCCUCUGUCUGGGUUCUAAGAGCAAGGAGGUUGCUGGCAGCCAGAGUCAACCAUUAGACUGUUUGUAAAUAAGGAGGCAGGCAGCGGUUAAGUGUGGUGGGGCAGUGCCUCACUUGCCCUAAUGGAUCAGCCUUGGGAUGACUGGGGAGCAGUCACACUCUGUGCAGUGUUAGAAACUCAGUUGCGCUAAAUGGCACCUUAAACUUAGGUUGCGGUUGUCUGUUUGCCAGGGGGUUGGACUCUAUAUGACCCUUCCAAUGCUACAGUUCUACGAUUCUAUGAUCUCAACUACUUUGCUUGACUGUAUCUUGCUCUUACAACAGUUCAUUUGUCCCAGUAUGCAAGAAGGAGAAAGACACACACGGUGGAAAUGGAAAUAGUAUUAACUGUGGGCUAAGGCAGAAGUUUUUAAACUGUGAUCUGAGUUCCAUUUGGGUGACUUGUGGAAAGGCUGCAACGCAGUCAAAUAUAUCUGCACUCAGCCCUGCACUGACUUUGCUUGAUGGGAUGAUGGAGGACUAAGAUGCCCAGCAAAGGGUUCAUGGUUUGCACAGAAGAACAAGAUGCUUGUCUUUUGCUGCACACAAGUUAGCUGGCUUGAUGGAGAUGUCAAUUGCCAACCUGGUGUCCAGAAAUCUCCACGUAGAUUUCUGCAACUGGGCCUGCAAUUGUGGGGAAAUUAAACUCCCAUUUACAGAGUUAUGUGGAAGACAGCCUGGGGCGUUUGAUCCUUUAAUCACUUUGCUUUCCCCCAAAACUAUCCAAGACACGCUCUUUUAAAGUUUAAACAACAUAACUUGUACUUAAUGUACUUGCAACUUGCAAACUAAAAUACACAACACAGGUAGGUGUUAGCCUACAUUGCUAAUACAUCUUACAUAUAAAUACUGUUACUGACUAACUCUGAGACAGACAGCAGCACAACAGUUCAGCUGCUCUCACAUGAAAGACUAACUGCCAUAACUGUACCAACUGAAAUAACUGCCUCGGGGUGUGUGACAGUACAGAUUUCUAUAGCCCUUGUGAGCAUUAACCCGUUUACUUAGCAUUUUGGGUGCUUCCAUCCCACAAAUUGGACCCGCGGCAGUAGCAAAGUGCGCCUGGGGAGUUCCGAACAUUGCUGCAUGGGGAAACUGAUUUGUUAGCUGUUAACCGAAGUUCCAGAUGGGAAUACGGUUGGGUUUGUUUUAGAAUACCUGGCCAGUAAGCAUCAUGCUCAUGUAACUCUUGACGGGCCUCUUGUCUUUCCUGCAGCAUUGCAUGCGACACAGCACCCUCGUGCUCAGCCGGGCCACCCGUGUGGGCAUCCGCACCCUUGAGGCUGUGCCAGCCCUUCAGCCGCCAUGCCCUCCUGCUGCUGCUGCUCUUGUUCCCAGACCUGCCUGUGGCGUCUCCCAACCUGAAGCCGUCCUUGCCUCCCAUUGUCCAAGAGAGCCCCUUUCUGGUGGCGUGGAAUGCGCCAACCGCCCGGUGCUUGGCUGCCUACGGGGUGCCCCUCCGCUUGGACUCCUACAGCAUCCUGGCGAAUGCCCAGGAAGCCUUUGUGGGCAGCAACGUCACAAUCUUCUACUACGACCAGCUGGGCUUGUAUCCCUACUACUUGAACACAACGGUGCCGCCCACUGCCGUCAACGGCGGCUGCCCUCAGAACGCCAGCCUGACAAGGCACUUGGAGCAGAUGGAGAGCGACCUGACGGCAGCCAUGCCCUCCAGCUCCUUUGCGGGCCUCUCUGUGAUAGACUGGGAAAACUGGAGGCCCCAGUGGGUCAGGAACUGGGACAAGAAAAACGUCUAUCGGAACAUGUCUGUCCAGCUCGUCAGGCAAAAGAAUCGCCAUUUGUCGGACGCCCAGGCCGAAAUGCAGGCUAAGUGGGAAUUUGAGACGGCCGCCCAGGAAUUCAUGUCUAAGACCCUGCAGCUGGCCCGCUCUCUCCGCCCCCAGGGCUGGUGGGGCUACUACCUCUUCCCAGAGUGCUACAACUACCACUAUUUGGAUAGUUUUGAGAACUUCACAGGGCACUGCCCUCCGCUGGAAGUGCAGCGCAACAACGAGCUGAUCUGGCUCUGGGAGAACAGCAAAGCCCUCUACCCUUCCAUCUACAUGGAGGAGGCGCUGAGGACCUCUCCGCAAGGGAAGAAGUUUGUGUGGGCCAAAGUGGGGGAAGCCCUGAGAGUGGCGGAGCUGCCUUCUGUUCAACAUUCCCUCCCUGUCUUUGUGUAUGCCAGGCCGUUCUACACCUACACGCUGAAGGAGUUGUCUCAGGUGAGAUACUUGCCCUCUUCCCCGCCCUUGCUCCUAAACUGCACACGUGUGUGUGUGUGUGUAGUGUCCAUGCUUUGAGGCCCAGUAGAUUUACUGCUCAGCAAGGUUGCUAACACGUCUGAGUCUUAGUUAGAGCUCUUGAUUAAUGGUAGCCAAUGAAGGAAGCAGCCUUGUGGCAAAGAGGAAUGGAAAAGAGAUAAGGUGUUAGUUGAUUUCUGAGUUUAUCUCAGGACUGUGUGAGUUGCCACCAACUUCACUCCUGGCCAUGGUGAUGCAACCAAAUAGAGGGUGAGAGGGCUAUUGGGAGAGACCUUUGGAUUAAAACACAAUAUUUAUUGCAAACAUUUCAAUACCCUCUUCAUCUAAAGUGACUCCACAAUGAAUGGCAUCCUUUUUUUAAAUGUAACUAUUACGAGGGGUUGGAAGAGAUGACACUUCCAAUACACACACACACACACACCCCACAUUCUUCCUUCACAAUGUGAACAUCCCUUCUCAACAUACACUAUUAAAUCUGAUACACAUGGCACUAAUGUUGAACAUUUAAUACCUGCACGCAGAUUUCACACCACUUUACUGGCCAUGCUUGCCGUGGUUUUCUUCCCCUCCAACUACGUUCCAAUUAAGUGUGUCUGCGUGAGCAAUUCUCAAAUAUUUUGGGCCCUGUGGCAGGAGUAGAGAUCCAUUAGGAAUCUUGAUUUUCUAUGGUGGUGUAAUACUCAGUCAUAAAAAUGUUUAAAAUGUGUGUGUGUGUGCUGUGUUGGGAAAUGCCAUUCCAUCUCUCUUCAGGACUGGAAAUUUUACUGUUUUACAGGAUAACAAAAACUGCUUCUGUUGCACAGAAAGUGAAAUGGAUUAGGUUUAUGGUUUGACAAUAAACUUUCUCCUACUCAUGCUCCAUGAAAACACACACACACACACACACACACACACACACACACACACACACCAGUCUUCCCUUACACUGUGCAGUGUCAUUUGCAUCAAGUGAGACUGAUAUUCCUGUCUAGCCAUUUGAGCAUCAGCAGUGGCCGUAUUGGGCUGUAUACAAUGGUGCCAUUCUGCUCAUGCAACAGGCUUCUGUUUGCUCAAUCGAACUUCCUUCUCCUUUCCUCUGCAGCCCCCGUGCACAAUCAAAAUCCACCCAGAGGACCUUCCAGAGCAUUUGGGGGGGGGGCACGUGCAGCGAGAGGAUAGGAUGUCCUAUUGUGUUGAGCAGAGUCCCAUUAUUGCAGCACUGGACACAAUCCACAGCUUGGGUGUUUGUUCUUGACUAUAGCAGGAAUAGAGGAUAUCCAAACUGCGAGCGAAUAUCAGAUUCCUGGUGGUCUUUGCUUUUAAUUCAAAAGGAGAUGCGAUCCAGAAGUUGCCAGCAACUCGCUUCUCCAUGGGGGCAGUACCAAAGAGAAGGCAGCAGUGGAACAUGGUGCCCUUGCUAAAGCUUUAGUGAAUAGUUGGGAAUUGCUACCAAUACUCUUGGCCCUCCUUUCCCAGCCCUUGCUGCCUGUACUGACCACUUCUGAAAAACAUGCAUUAGAGGGCUUGAUUUCAUACAAGUAGUGUGUGAAUUGCCUGUAAGUUUGUCGCCCUCAUGGUUGAACAAAGAGAAAUACUGGUAAAUGUCUUGAAGCAGGGUGGCUAACCAGGACCUGGGCCCUCCAGAUCUUAUUGGAUUACAACUCUCAUUGUACUGACCACUGGCCAUGCAGGCUGGAGUUGAAGUCCAACAAUAUCUAGAAGGCUUUGUCCCAAAGCUUCAGAACGAGAAGUCAAACCCGGAUUCGUAACUGUGUUUAUUCAGUUGAGCAUCAUGAUUUAUACUCAUGUAGAAGCUCCCUUUCUUUAUAAGCCAACUGACUCAGAUCUUUGUAUGUAUGGGGAACAGUUCUAUGAGAAACGUUAUACCAAAUAUAUUCUGGUGCCCGACGUCCACCAAAAACGACUUAGGUAUUUACCGUAAACUUGCAAAUUAAUGUGUGUUGGUUUCUGUUGUUCUAGACAGACUUGGUGUACACCAUUGGGCAGGCUGCAGCCAUGGGGGCUCACGGCAUUGUACUCUGGGGAGACGCAGAGUAUUCUCGCAACCGGGUAAUUUUAAUAGCAGGCCUUGAGGCUGCUUUUCUUACUCAUUCUUUUCUUUCAUCUCUGUUGUUUAUUGUUCAGCAUCAGGUGAUGGGCAAAGGGAGGAAGCAGAGGUUCUACUUUGUAUACUGGCUACUUAAAAGACUAGCAGAGAGUACCAUGGGGUAUUUAAAAUGUUCUAACUUCACACACUGCUGCUUGCUCUUCUAUAUGCACAUCUGCAGAUACACAAAUUCCUUGCAUGUUAAAAAAAAAAUGUCAGGGAGAAGGUUUCUAGACUAGUCUUUUCCUUGACAUCCUAGCUCCUGAUAUGCAAGGGGUAUUUAAAAACAACAACAACCCUUUUCCUACAGUCUGAAAUGCUGCACCCCGAUACAGAUUUGUCACUGUCACGAGAACUUUUGGCCUAGACAUUGGUAUGCAGCCAGUGUUCAGGUGCUAUAUUUAAGUUACAGAAUGAACUACAAAACCUCUCCUGUAACAGACCCUCCUGUGUAAUGCUAAGGGAAUAAUUUUAAGGCAGAAUCAACCCCUUUGUGAGGAUUUUGUGGCCUCGGUCCUGUAUACCUGAAGGAGCGUUGCGCCCCCCCCCCGCAUUGUUCAGCCUGGACACUGAGAUCCAGCACCGAGGGCCUUCUGGCGGUUCCCUCAUUGCCAGAAGUGAGGUUACAAGGAACCAGGCAGAGGCCUUCUCGGUAGUGGCGCCUGCCCUGUGGAACGCCCUCCCAUCAGAUGUCAAAGAAAUAACCAACUAUCCUACUUUUAAAAGACAUCUGAAGGCAGCCCUGUUUAGGGAAGUUUUUAAUAUUUAAUGCUGUAUUGUUUUUAAUAUUUGAUUGGGAGCCGCCCAGAGUCGCUGGGGAAACUCAGCCAGAUGGGCAGGGUAUAAAUAAUACAUUAUUAUUAUUAUUAUUAUUAUUAUUCAAUUCCACAGGACCCCAGCCUCAAUUAGGACAUUUUAAGUGCUAGUCAAAUAGGAAUAAACAAGUCCCCAAUGCAAUCAAAUUCCAGUAUUUUCUAAUAGAUUUAUUUAGUUUUGCAUCACAGACUUUCUCUGGCGUUUGUAGCUCUCUAUUAACUCUUGUAAUAACUGUUUCCCUCACAGACCAACUGCUUAAAGAUUCAGGACUACCUGAAUAGCACUUUAGGCCCUUAUAUUGUCAACGUGACCACGGCGACCAAACUUUGCAGCCAGAAGAUCUGCAACAGCCACGGCCGCUGCGUUCGCCGAUGGAUGGACUCGGACAGCUACUUGCACCUCAGCCCUGACACCUUCCAGAUCCUAACAGUAGCAGAGGGCAACCAAACCCGAGUGCUGGUGAGGGGGCAAUUGAGACGUUGGCAGGAGGACAAAAUGAGAGAAGAGUUUGUGUGUCACUGUUACCAGGGCUGGAAUGGAGAGCGCUGCUCUGCCCGGGGGCGGGGCUUCUGGCUGCGAACAAGUGAUUGGUUAAUUCUUGGGGUGCUCCUGUCCACACUGUGGGGGUGUUGUUUGUGAGCCAUUUGGACCAGUUGUGAUACAUGUGGAUUUUUUGUGUGAAGCCCACAGGGGUGAAGUGGAUCCCAUGACCCUCUGCAUAUUGGUGAGAAGGGAAGACCAAGACAAGCAUGGUUUUUGGUGACAAAGGUGUUGUGAAGUGAUCUGUGGCUCCCACUGAUGUUCCUUCUCCUUGUUGUGUUUCUCUGGAAAAGUGAGCACAUAUGGAUUUUACCCUCCAACAACUUCCAUGACCUAUGCAGGAUUCUAUUCUUCCAACACACUGAAGAUUUUCUUUUAAAGUUUUGUAAUUCUCUUCACCAGCAUAGCUGCAGCUUUAAUAUUCAGCAUUGCAUAUUUUCCUAAACUGUGACAAGAACAGUGGUUUUCUAAUUGUUUUUUUUUAAAAAACAAAAGUUAAUUCAGUCAGGAUCUGAUAUUUAUAACAGUUAAAUAAUGGCACAGUCACCUUUAACAGCACUGUACUGUAUUUAAGCAGAUUAUUUAUACAGAAGAAAUUUCCUACUUGAACCAGAUAGGAGUCCUCCAAAUGUGAUUGGUACUGUUUAACUGAUGUGUGUCUGUCUGAUGUGCGUUUGUAUACGUCAAGCUACCUCUCUUAUUAAGCGGGGGCAAGAUUAAAAAAACUUUUUAAAUUAAAUAUUUUUCAUGUGACACAGAUUGACCUAGCAUUUCAAUAUUGUCACCUACUGAAAGCCAUAACCACCACUGUUCAAGAUCAGUGGCUCUCAGACGUCCCCCCUUACCACAAACCCAUGAACCAUGUAAAAAUUGGGUGCAUGGAGGUUCUUGACAGACUGUAAGAGUAGUCUUUGUUUUCCAACUGCGGUGGAUGCGCCUGUUUUUCUGAGCGAAGUUCUGUACUCUCAGGUGUCAUGUUUGUCAGCUGUAAUCUCAGGUCAAAAGCCUUAAUCUCAGUCGCCACAAAGAAUAAAUCAAUUGCAGAGCCAAAUACAGAUACUCUAAACUGUUUGACAACCUGAAUGGAGUUUGUGGAGCACCAGAUGAGAAACUAUGAUCUAGACUGGGGUGGGCCACCUGCAGACCUAGCCUAAUUCCAAAGGCCUUCUGCAAGAGAACCAGGUUAGACUCCUGGUAACAGCAAUCUACUUCUCCGGCAGCCAGCUGAGCAGGGAGAAAGGGUGGAAGAAAAGAAGUGGUUCUUCUCCCCUGCUGGCUUCAGCCCUGCCCACAGCUGCCCUGCUUCCCUGAACACUUACCUGUAAGAGAAUGCAGCCCUCAAUAGCAAAUGUUCCCCAUCUUUCCUGUAGGGAUGGGGAUCGUGUAGUCCAGAAACAUUUGCAGGGCCACAGCUCUCAAGAUCCAUGAUCAUUCACCAUGCUGGCUGGGGCUGAUGAGACUUGUAGCUCAUCAACAUCUAUAGCAGUGUUUUCAGGAGCUGCUGCCACCGCCAUCGCAAUCUCUGUGCAUGGUGUUAACUCAAAUCUAGAGUCACAGGCACAUAGCUCUAAUGUUGCAGGAGAAGCACAGACACAGCUCCCUUCAGCAGGUCCUCUCCUGGUUUUAUCAAUUCUCCCCCUGCCCAGGCCCAGCCAUUUUUGUCUGUACUAUGCAGCAGGGAUGGGAGCAGGAACAAAACAAAGGGUCAUGAAAAGGAGGAGUGAGUGGAAGGAUCUUUGCUGCUACCACCUUAUCCUUUGGUCCUGGACUGCUGCUACAUAUAGGAAAAGAGGC